CGCGUUCCCACACCCCUCCCCUAAACGUCGGUGGGCAUCAGUGACGUGCGUCUGGGGUUCAUGUUUAUGUCUGUCAGGUUUCCAAUUGGGCGCCGACUAGAUGUGUGAUGAGCAUCCGCGCGCCGUGGGCGGGAGCACUCAUGUUUAUAACCCACAGUACGCGCGCCGUGGGCGGGAAGAAGACUUGGAUUGAGAAAGUAGCGAUUCGAGAGUGAGGACGCGCGCGGCAGCGGCGGGCGGCUGUUGCUGACAGGAGCUCGUGGAGGAGGCGCGGCUUCCACUGCCCCUCCACAUAAACAGCUGUAUGGACGACCACCUUAGCCUCCUCCACUCGCCUCCGCCUUCCUCGAGCAAGCACCGGGGCAAUAACCUCGUGAACCACGGAUACACCGAAAACGAGCAGGACAAUAUGACAAUUGUUGCUUGCGACAACAUGCUGGAGGAGUCGGCGGCGCUGCCCGGGCACCAGUCGCUCGAGCGCUACGAGCCGGACCACGAGUGUUGCGAGAGAGUUGUCAUCAAUAUCUCGGGCUUGCGAUUCGAGACGCAGCUCAAAACCCUGGCCCAGUUCCCCGAGACCCUGCUUGGCGACCCCAAAAAGAGAAUGCGCUACUUCGACCCUCUCAGAAACGAAUAUUUCUUUGACAGGAAUCGCCCGAGCUUCGAUGCCAUUUUGUAUUACUAUCAGUCAGGUGGGCGCAUACGGAGACCCGUGAACGUGCCCAUUGACAUUUUCUCCGAAGAGAUACGGUUCUAUGAGCUCGGGGAGGAGGCCAUGGAGAAAUUCCGUGAGGAUGAGGGCUUUAUAAAAGAGGAAGAGCGUCCUUUGCCCACCAAUGAGUUUCAGCGACAGGUGUGGUUGCUGUUUGAGUACCCGGAGAGCUCGGGUCCCGCCAGGGGCAUCGCGAUCGUCUCCGUGCUGGUCAUUUUGAUAUCAAUCGUUAUCUUUUGUCUGGAAACGUUACCCGAAUUUCGCGACGACAAACACGAGAGGAUGAUCGCCCCGCAUGUGAACGGAACUCUCCCGUACUUCACGAGUCCCUUCUCAGACCCGUUCUUUGUCGUCGAGACUCUUUGCAUCAUCUGGUUCUCUUUCGAACUGCUCGUCAGGUUCUUCGCGUGCCCGAGCAAAGCCACGUUCUCCAAGAACAUCAUGAACAUUAUUGACAUAGUGGCCAUUAUACCCUAUUUCAUCACGUUGGGGACGGAGCUCGCUGAAAGGCAAGGGAACGGUCAACAGGCGAUGUCCUUGGCUAUUCUCCGGGUCAUCAGACUAGUGCGCGUGUUCCGGAUAUUCAAACUCUCGCGGCACUCGAAAGGACUCCAGAUUCUGGGGCAAACGCUCAAAGCCAGCAUGCGCGAGCUGGGCUUGUUGAUAUUCUUUCUCUUCAUCGGCGUCAUCUUAUUCUCGAGCGCUGUCUUCUUCGCUGAAGCGGACGAUCCCGACUCGGGCUUCAGCAGCAUCCCUGAUGCGUUCUGGUGGGCGGUUGUAACCAUGACGACCGUGGGAUACGGCGACAUGCACCCGGUCACAAUAGGGGGCAAAAUCGUGGGCUCCCUGUGUGCGAUUGCGGGCGUGUUGACUAUCGCUCUCCCAGUGCCAGUCAUCGUGUCCAAUUUCAACUACUUCUACCACCGAGAGACUGAAGGAGAGGAACAGGCGCAGUACCUGCACAUCGGCAGCUGUCAGCCUCUGUCCUCCUCCGAGGAGCUGAAGAAGACGCGCAGCACCUCGUCGCUCAGCAAGUCGGAGUACAUGGUCAUCGAGGAGGGCAUCAACAGCGCCUUCAAGCAGCCCAACUUCCCCGCGCAGAACGACCAGAACUGUGUGAACAUUAAGAAGAUGUUCACAGACGUCUAGGCUUCCUAGACGCGUGUCUGCGCGAUAUGGCAACCCUGUUGGUUAAUG